UGCACGUGUUUUACGGUCCAACAAAAUGAACACUCCCGUCCCAUAUUACACUUUUCAACCGAUGAGGGGGCGCUUCUACCCAAGGCGAAUACUUUGACAAGGUUCAGUGCUUCAUUCAAAGCAAUUAUUAUUUGUGAUCAACUUCUUCUAAACGCGCCGACAGGAAAAUAAAUCAUUAUAACACACAUUGAUGUCGGAAUUUCGUUCCAACCCCAGCUUCUCUUUAUAUAUCUACCAAGUCUUAACCCUUGCUAUUGAUACAAGUGAAUUCAGUCAUUUUGAACUCUUGUUAUGACCUAUGCCAGACGGUUGUCAAAGCUUUGUCAUAUGACCAUGACAAACCCACAAGUGUAUUGCACUGCAACAAAAAUAGAAACUCAAAUACGACGGAUGGAUUUUGACCUAUCGUCGCAUUUUAGACGGUUGGUUUAAGUAGAUCUUUAGCCUGCUGUUUUUUGCAUUUAUGUUUUCAAACAAACUAAUAAACCUUGAUCAAUAAAGGAUUGGCAAACGGCCAGGAGCUAGAGUGUGUUUAGUCUUUCUUUUGUAAUGCAUUGAUUUGAAUGAUUUCCCAGUUGUUUGGUGUAAUUUAGCUAUGGGAAUGGUUUCAGUCUCUGCAUGUCAGUGUUUCGUAUGUCUGUUCGAAUUCAUUGUUUUCCUGCUUGCCGUUCAACUGCGGGAUAGCUCUGCUGAUCUACCAGUAUGUAGGCAGAUUGAUGGGUGUGUUUGUGCUUUGGAUGACGGAAGAGAGGUUAACAUUAGCCAUCUAGGUGUGCCAGGAUUUCCCAAAUUUGAAUACCAAAAAAGCGGCCCGUAUGAAUACACCUACAAUCCAUGUUAUAACUUUCGAGACGAAUACUGCACCUCGGAAUGUAUAGCAUGUCAAACCAAUGAAGCCCAUACUACCAGCUUUCCACUUGGGACCGCCCAAAGCGCUUCGUGGAGUCAAGAUGGAGGCUAUUACAGUAUCCGUUACACAGAUGGUCAGGAAGGCAGGUCAACAAUCGUGGAACUUAGAUGCGACGAAACUGCAAAAGAACCAAAGCUUGAUGUUUUAGGAGAAAUCCCCGACUUGUCGAAAAAAUAUUAUUUUCGGAUGACAACGGAAUGUGCUUGUCCGGGUAAAUGUGGAAAAGCACUACCCGAAGGUGGAAUAAGCGCUGGAUCGGUUAUUUGUAUCAUCUUUGCCGUGUUGCUUGUGGUAUAUGUUAUCGGAGGUGUACUUUUCAUGAAGUUUGUGCGAGGAGCAGAGGGCACAGAACUACUACCAAACAGUGGGUUCUGGUUAAGUUUACCGGGAUAUAUCAAGGAUGGUUUCAUGUUUAUUAUCAGCUGUGGAAAGAGUUCAUCGUAUAAAGAUAUAAGUUGAAACCUCAAUUACCAAGGUGUUAGGUCUAUGAAAGGUGAAAGUUUGAAUGCUGCAGUUUGAUUCUCGAUUACGGUCUGAUCGAUUCCACCUAUUCGUCACUCAUCUGACCUGGAGAAGUAUAUCUCAUUUCAAGAAAGUAUGUCCAGAUAGUAUGUCUACAUAGAUGUAGGUCCUAAAGGCAGAAGUUUUGCUUGGUUAACCUAAAACACUCAUCCAUUAUUCACAGCACAGAUCGAUGAAAAUGAAAGUUUAAGAAAACGGUUUUAAUAAUGGCCGUUUUAAGAGUCACAAUGCAAUAUCUGAUAAUUUACAACUGCAAGAAAACUAAUCCUUCAUGCGGACUCUUUUGAGGCCGCGUUUAUUCACGAUUUUCAACGUACAGUUGUUUGUUCUGUUUGAGUCGAGUUGUUCGUUUGUUAUGUGGUUCUAUCUUGGAUUGCUUGUUGGGUUGUUGACUGGUCUAGGCCUAUGCAUUAUACUUCCCACAUACAUGUACAUGUAUGUUAAAUGUAUGAUAAAAUAUUAGGUAAUACGAAGUCACAAGCAAACCGUACGGAUUCAGACUGGACUUUGAUCUUUUGCAUGAUUUAUUGUCAUACUCGUUUGAUUGCAGCUUUAUACAGGGGGCGAUCCGAUACAUUUGUUGGUUAAACUGUUCUUUCCAAUAGAAAUUUAGCAGUUAUUUCUUCUUUUGGUUAUCUGAGAGAAAGUCAUAACCAAACUAAACUUCGACAAGCCAAAUACUACCUAUUACUGUAGCCCUAACUGGAAAAAACAAUAAAUUCAAGAUGGCGUUCCCAUCAUCAAACGUUAGAGCGACUUGCCUUAUCAAUGGAUUACUCAUUUGGACGUUAUUAUUUUCAUCGGCGCGAUGUGAUCUUCCUAAAUGCACUAAAAUAGACGACUGUUCGUGUAAGUUGUCAGAUGGUAAACGUAUUGACAUACGCUCCAUCGGUUACCAAGGAAAGCAGGCGCCUCGGUUCAAUUUUCGGCCGGACCCUCUGGGCAACUGGGAAUAUGCCUUCAAUCCAUGUUACGACUUCUCAAACACAUAUUGUAAAGAUGUCAUUGCUUGUCAGAAGAACAAUCAAGAAUCAUAUGGCUUGGGUUCAGCUUCAUCAGCUGUCUGGGGUGAUAAUGGAAAGCAAUACAUAAUUACAUAUACAGACGAUCUCAGGACUACGAUUGUGGAUUUAGUCUGCAGUACAGCAAGUCAGCCUACACUGGAUGUAUUAGGCCAAACAGAUGCCUCUAAAACAAACUAUUAUUUCACCUUAACGUCGAAGUGCGCAUGUCCGGAUGGUUGUCAAGCUCCAACACCGCCCUCAUCGUCCGGACUGAGCUCUGGCUCAAUACUCUGCAUCAUUUUUUCCGUGCUGGUCUUGGUCUAUUUCAUCGGUGGAACCUGCUUUAUGAAAUUUGUUCGAGGCGCCAGUGGAAAAGAUGCCAUACCCAAUGCAGAUUUCUGGACUGAGUUACCUGCAAACAUUAAGGACGGGGCUAAAUUCACCGUUGGACUUUGCAAGAAGGAAUCCAAGUACGAAGACUUGAGUUAAAAAAUGAUCAAGGAGCACCUGGACAUCAG